AAAACAUCAUGUGAGCGCCUCCUUCUGUCAAAACUCUCACCGUGAGGCGGAAUACCAGCAAGAACGGUCACCUCUGCAUUCAUCUUCAUCAACAUGACAUGCUUUAUUUACGUUUUUGCCUUUUUUCUGUCUGCAUUUUUAAUGGAGGCGCAGGGCACGUAUGGUCCUUACGCGCGGAACCACAACCAGCUGUACGCGGGCCGGCAGAGAUCACCUCACAUCAGCCCUAAUAUACCUGGACACGGUAACUCCAUCAACAUUGGAGCUCAUGGCUUUAAUCCCAGGUUUUACAGCUAUCAUCAUCCCAACCCUCAUCAGCAUCAUCCCCAGCGGCCGCCCUGGAAAGGGCCUCCCUUCAUCUACCACCGCCCUGUACCUAUCCAACCUGUCCGGCCAAUCUCACCAGUCCAACCUGCCCGGCCAAUUGUGCCCUCACUACCCAGAAUACCAGUUGUGUUACCUGCCCCUACAGUACCCAUGCCAGUGAAACCAAUACCCACUCUUCCCCCUCCACCUCCACCUUCAACACAGGCUACGACUACAACCACUACAACCGCUACAACUGCUACAACCUCUACAACGACUACAACUACAACUAGCACAACUACUUCACAGCGGGUCAGUACCCCCCGUGCCACAACUGCCCCUGCCAAGCCUCCCACUGUCCCAGCUCCAGCAGAGCCCUGCAAGAGUCGUCCACUUGACCUGGUCUUCAUCAUCGACAGCUCUCGAAGUGUCCGUCCUGCAGAGUUUGAGAAGGUCAAAAUCUUCCUCUCAGAAAUGGUUAACUCUCUGGAUAUCGGAUCCGAUGCCACAAGAGUCGCGCUGGUCAACUACGCCAGCACCGUCAACAUUGAGUUCCAUUUGAAAAAGUACUUUAGUAAGGCUGAGGUCAAGCAGGCCUUCUCCCGUAUUGAUCCACUCUCGACAGGAACCAUGACUGGCAUGGCUAUCAAAACCGCCAUGGAGCAAGUUUUUACAGAAAAUGCUGGAGCCCGGCCGUUAAAAAAGGGCAUUGGUAAAGUGGCCAUUAUUGUGACAGAUGGAAGACCGCAAGAUAAAGUCGAAGAGGUGUCAGCAGCAGCAAGGGCUUCUGGGAUUGAAAUAUACGCAGUAGGAGUGGACAGAGCAGAAAUGCGGUCCCUCAAGCAGAUGGCCAGUCAGCCGCUCGAUGACCAUGUGUUUUAUGUGGAGACAUACGGAGUGAUCGAGAAACUCACAUCCAAGUUUAGGGAAACGCUCUGUGAAGAAGCAAGAGCAGAUCUGACUGAAAAUGCCUGCAUGUGUGAGGCUCAGAUUGCCUUUCAGCGGAAAGUUCACAACAGCAUACAGACGCUCUCCAGCAGACUGGAUGACAUCUCAAACAGAGUCCAGCAGUUUGAUCUUCGUCGUGCCUAGAUUGGAAGAUGGGACUCAAAGCUGCUUAUCUGAAUAAAAUAAAUAGUUAUUUAAACUUUUAUUGUAACUGCAUGUGCAUCCUCGUUUUGUUCAUUUAACUGUUAAAUAUCUGUUCGUCAUGUUUUGAGUAUUAUUUUUGAGUAAUCGACAUGUCAAAAAAAAAAAAAAAAAGGACACAAAUUGAAGUAUUUGGAAGAAUGCAUUUAUUUUUUGGAACAAAUAGUAAAAGUAAUAUUGCUAUUUUGGAGUGUUAUGUAAAGUAUACGCACAUCAUUUUAUGUUUGGAAAAUUGUACAAAUAUAUGUGAAUAAAUAAAAUAUUGUUUGAUGUCA